UUUCUUUAGUCUCGAGUCGGAAACCCCUGGUGCAAAUUAUAGAUACCCCUAUCUGGAAGAAAACUUGGGAUAUUGUGGUUCCUCCAAAAUUAAAAUUCUUCAUCUGGCAAUGUCUAAGAGUAAUUCUUCCAACUGUGGUGGCACUUGAGUCUAGAGGGAUUAAUUGUCGUACCCGGUGCCCGGUUUGUUGGAGAAGUGCAGAAAGUAUUGAACACCUAUUCUUUAGAUGCCCCUUGGCCACCAGAUUGUGGUCGCUUAUGGGCCUAAAUGACUUUAUUACCUCGGCCCCGACUGUGAAUUUCAGUCUCUGGUGGCGACAUGUUAUGCUUUCUGAGCACCCCCAAACCCAUGUUCUUCUGUACGUUUGCGUAUUGUGGAGAAUCUGAAAGUCUCGAAAUAAGGUGGUUUUUGAGCAUUUACAACCUCAUGCCCAGUCUCUAGCCCGCCAAUGUUUUUUCCAUGUCCGUGAAGUCUCUUCUUCUCUUCCUCCUGCGCCAUCCUCCAAGUUCUCGCCUCCUCUCCUGGGUCCCUCCUCCUGAUGAUUUUUUGAAGAUCAACUUUGAUGCUGCAGUUCGUGUUUCCGGUUGUUCGUCUGGUCUAGUAAUUCGUGGAGCAGACGGGCAUGUAGCUUUGGCAGUAGGGUUUCAGCACUCUGGCAUUACUGAUCCCUACCUAGCAGAGCUUCUUGCUGCCAGAGACGCCGUUUCCCUGUUGGUCUCCAAGUCUCUACCUCGUGUCAUCAUCGAAGGAGACUCUGAAGUGGUGGUUCGUCAGCUUCGUCAGGGUGAUUCUUCUGAUUCCUUAGGAGGACCAGUGCUUCGGGAUUGCUUCCUUCUCCUUGCUUCUGCUUCUGUCUCCUUAGAGUUUAGAGCAGUGCCUCGGACUGCUAACAGGGCUGCCCAUAGAGUGGCGCAGAGAGCCCUGCUUCUUUCUCCUCUUGAGUUAUGUUCUUUCGAUUUUGUUGGGUGGCUUCAUUGAUGUAAUAGGUUGGGAGGUGUUCGGGUAGUUUGUAUAGUUCUCUCUUUUGACAUUUCUUGGAAAAAAAAAAUUAUUCAGAUAGAAUAAAUAUGUAAAUUUAAC